AUGGCCAACGAGCUAAUAAGACUAUGCUGCUUUGUAAUUCGCGAAGACUUUGGGGAUCUUAUUGAGGUGUUUAUCCUACUCAGAUAUUUCCAUGUCCGUAUUUCACUUCUAACACCAAUUUUUUCUACAAAGAGACCGGCAAAGGUCCUCUUUGAGAAAGGUCGCCUUCCAGCAGCCCUAAUAGCAAGAUAUAGCAGUCUUCCAUUGGAGAAAGUCAAGGAAUGCUUGUUUAUCCUAAUACAGCACAAUCUUGUAUAUUGGGCGCGCGAGGUACCAGACCAGACAAAAUCACCUAUCUUCUAUCAGAUCGACAGUAGGGAGGUGCUGUCACGGAUAAAAUUUGGUGUUUAUCUCAACCACACCAGAAAUCGUUUCGGAAAUGAAGGCCAAGUUAUAAUAACAUACGUUCUUCUAAACGGAAAAGCAUCUUUCAAGAGCCUUGUAGAAGCGCGAAAUUUAUCAAAACGAACGAAAGAGUAUAAAACACUCAAAGAAAAGUAUGCAGAGCUUGUGACCGAAGGUUAUCUCAAAUACUUGAAAUAUACCGAUGCACUUUCUGCACAAGACAAGCAAGAUGCAGCAGAGCAGCGAGAGUUGGCAAAGAUGACUACCUUUGUUCCUACAAAAAAGGAAAAAGCAGAAGCUCGAGCAAAAGUUGCUGAGCUGGACAGUAUUGAAUCGGCAGGAGGAAGGAAACGAAAAAAGGCUGUGGUGGACGAGGACCAUUCACGUCUAAGCAAGCAACCGAGAACAGAAGAUGUUUUCGAAAUUAUUGAAGAUGCGCAAGUCCGCGUCAACUAUGAAAGAUUUAAUAUACUGGCGCGUAAUGAUCAUAUCACAUCGUUUGUAGAAGAAAGAAUCAAUCCGGCAGCAAAGCUAGUUAUGAAAGUUAUCCUCGAACUUGCUGAUGAAAAACGCUUAGAUGCAGAAGAGUCUAGGGCAAUGUCGGCUCAGACAAUAAUAAGAAAAGUCCCAACAGAAGAUAUUUUGGAAGAUCAAAUAGAGCUAGAAAGGCAAGAUCCAUCCCAUGAAUAUCUCGUGAGCGAAUACCUCGAUCUUUUGGUAGAGGACGGUUCAAAGUUUAUCCGAAAGAAGGACGAUAGUAUGAGCGGAUUAUAUUCGGUAAGAUACAAGGAUCUAAUCGAAAGGUUAAAACAAAGGAAAUUAGAAAGUAUAUUGCAAGAGAAGUAUGGGAGCAUGGCUGUCAGAAUAUACAAGAUUCUACAAGCAAAGGGCAAACUAGAAGAAAAAAAUAUUGCUUCACUGGCAAUGUUGACGCAGGCAGACGCUCGCAAGAUUAUUGACCAGCUUUUUGUCGAAGGACUUGUGGAGCUACAGGAAGUACCUAAAGCAGCGGAUCGGGCUCCAUCGCGAACUUAUUAUCUCUGGUAUGCCGAGCCAGAAAGAUGCUAUCAAAAAAUUCUCACAUGUCUAUACCGUACUCUUGGUAAUAUACAUGAGCAAAGAAUGUACGAAAAAGAAGGCUAUGCCCGACUUAUUGAGCGAAGAGCUAUCGCAAGAUUGCGUUCUACCAUGCACUUGAUGACUCCAGAAGAGAAAGAACAAUUACGCAUCUUUGAUCAAUCCAUGGAACGACUGGACGUUGCUGCUCUGAGAAUUGUAAACUUGGUUAUGAUUUUGACUAACUAUCGAUGA